UCAUAGGUCACAGGAGGACACAGGAGGACACAGGUGGACACAGGUGGACACAGGAGGACACAGGUGGACACAGGUGGACACAGGUGGACACAGGUGGACACAGGUGGACACAGGAGGGCUCCAAAUCUCAUUUAAAUUCUGUUUUGACUCUGAGAACAAACUGGGACUGACUCCCUCUAAACUCACAGCUGAACCAAACCGGGGGAGCGGGACACUUGUCCCCGGAGCACUGGGCCAAGGACGGGUCAAAUACACACACAUGUAACAGUUAUGUUAUAGACACUGGGGUUUUGUGUCGUCUGUGAGUCUCAGUGAGCUGAAGCAGGGCUGAUGCUAAAGCUAAUGCUAAAGCUCCUCUGUUUCUGCUGUGGAGUGAGACACAUGUUUUCAGUUAGAGACGAGUUUUUCCACAGGGAGAGGAAACAGAGGGGCCGUCCCAGGCUCUGAGUCACUUCGUGCCCAACACAUGACACACACAAAAGAUCCUUUAAGUUCCACUCUUCAAACACACAUCAGGACAGAAAGUUGCCCGUCAGCGUCUUUUUGGACCACAGCAGCAGAACUUCAGCAGACGUUUGGUGAAGUUACACUGUUUUUGUUUUAUAUUUUUAUGUGUUUGGUCACUAAGCUCAGUCGUGUUUUUAGCCCUCACGCUCUGACCGCUGCGAGUUUGCAGGAUGGCAGCAGCUGCACUGGUCACAGAGAACUUUAAAUUUGUGUCUCUGUUUUUUAAAAGUAAAGAUGUGAUGAUUUUCAAUGGUCUUGUGGCUCUGGGCACUGUGGCCGGGCAGACGGCGUACUCUGUGUUUGCCUUUGACUGCCCCUGCUCCACACAGAGGAAUUACUUCUACGGGCUGGCGGCCAUUGGCGUGCCCGCUCUGGUGCUAUUCUUGGUGGGCAUCAUGUUAAACCGGAGCACCUGGGACCUGUUAGCGGAGUGUCAGCUCAGACGGUGCCAGAAGCUGUCUGCGGCGGCGGCCUUCGCGGUGCUGGGCAGCGUGCUGGGCAGAGCGGUGGUGGCGCCGCUCACCUGGGCGGUGCUGUCUCUGCUGCAGGGACAGGCCUACACCUGUGCCCUCAGUGAGUUUGUGGACACCAGCCUCGUGCCAGAGUUACCCGCAGGACAGGACCCUGAGGCGCUGGCCCAGUUCCCCUGUGAGGACAGUGUCUCUGAGGACCUGAAGCCUUUUUGGAGGGACGUCCAGCGACAGCUGAGGUACCAGUCUCAGCUGAUUGGCUGGUUGCUGGUCGCUGUGAUGUCACUGACCGUCUUCCUGCUGCAGUGUCUGAGGAGAUGCUGCUCUCCCCUCGGCCACCAGCAGGAGCAGUACUGGUCACAGUACCGCUCCGCCGAGCAAAGUCUCUUCCAGAACACAGCGGCCGCCCACGCCCAGCUGGCAGCCAUGCAGAACGUCAAGAACUUCUUUGGCUUCGUGUCCCUGGACUCCACGCAAAAGGAGCUGUUAACGGAGCAGGAGAACACUCGCCCCGUCCACAGCGCCGACUGGAACAGGGUCACGGGCGUCUGCUUGUACCGCGAGAAGAACGGACUGCCCCUCUACAGCCGCGUCCACAAGUGGGCCACCUACAGCACAGAGGAGAUGGACAAGGAGAUGAACGUCCUCUGACCUGUGUCUGUGCGGACACGCCUCCUCUGUGCGGACACGCCUCCUCUGUGCGGACACGCCUCCUCUGGUGGGACACGCCUUUGCACUGGUUUG